UUUUAAUAUUGGUUUUUCUUUUUGCGACUCUAAAAAUGGCAAACCCGUACCCUUUUCAAGACAAGGUCAUUGUUGUCUCUGGUGCUAGUCGCGGGACAGGCCUGGCCCUCUCACGGUACCUUUUGGUACGUGGAGCCAAGGUUUCCAUGGCUGCUACUUCGGAGGAGAAUUUGAAGAAAGCCAUUGCUGGUAUUGAGCAGGAUAUCCCUGAUGUCAAGGAUCGGGUCAUCUAUUUUCCCACAGAUGUCAGGAACCCUGAUGAUGUCAAAGCAUGGAUUGAAGGGACCGUUGCCAAGUGGGGAGACUUGGACGGUGCUGCAAAUGUUGCAGCCAAGAUGAACAAAAGUAUUCACCCCAUUGAAGACCUUGAACUCGAAGAGUUGAAGGAGGUUCUCGAUGUGAAUGUCAUCGGCACCUUCAACAGUAUCAAGUACGAGAUGAAGAACAUGAAACCUGGAGGCAGCAUCGUCAACUGUGGCAGUCAACAGGUCAAGUAUGCUUCUGGAAAUAUGGGAGCAUACGCAGCCUCAAAGAACGCCAUUCGCGGCUUGAGUCAAUCAGCUGCAUAUGAAGGUGGUGCCAAGUAUCCCAAGAACCCCAUCAGAGUCAACCUUCUAUGCCCAGGAUGUAUUGAUACCGAUAUGAUCCGUCAGCCUCUACACUUGCCCAAUGGUGCAGGUACAUGGACGAUGACGGAGGGCGAUCACUUGACGUCAAUCAUCAAGCGCUACUCCAAGCCGGAGGAGAUAGCUGCCUCCAUCGCUUUCUUGCUGGGAGAUGAGAGUAGAUUCAUGACAAAGCAGGAGAUAUAUGUUGAUGGUGGCUGGAUGGAGGCCAACUAUGUAGCUUAGGUGUCACCUUAGACCUAUCACCUGAUUUCUAGAUAUUGACGCAACAAAUGCCAUUUACAGCCUCAAGUCCC